CAAAACCUAAAGCACACGGUCCAUAGGAUUUGCCGUUUUGUAUUCUACAUUCAUGGCAAACCACUGCCUCAUCCGAUUUAUUUUUAUGAAUGUCCUUGACUUCGCCGGUAAACAGUUCACAACAAACUUGCGGUCACAGUCUGAUAAAACACCAUUAUAUUAACACAAUCAACUGUCCGGUAGACACAUUCCAAAAUGGCUCUCAAAUGGGGCAUUGCAGCUAGUGGAAAAAUAUCCCAGGACUUUGUUACAGCAGUAAGUGCUUUACCUAAAUUGGAUCAUCAAGUGGUUGCCAUAGCAGCCAGAUCUCAAUCUAGUGCGGAUAAGUUCGCCAAGGAACACAACGUACCGGUCGCAUAUGAAGGUUAUGAGAAAUUAGCCAAAGAUGUCAACGUACAAGUAGUCUACAUCGGCGUUUUGAAUCCUCAACAUUACGAGGUGACCAAACUCAUGUUAGAAAAUGGCAAACAUGUAUUGUGUGAAAAACCCUUCACACUGAAUGAACAACAAACAAGGGAACUACUAGAUUUGGCUAAACAGAAAAACCUUUUUCUGAUGGAAGCAAUUUGGUCAAGGUGUUUUCCAGUUUAUGACGAACUAAAAAAAAUAUUGGACUCGGGAGAACUUGGUACAAUCUAUCAGGUGUCAGUAAAUUUUGGAUUUCCAUUGCAAAACAUUGAGAGGCUAACUGCUAAAAACUUGGGUGGUGGUGCAACUUUAGACCUUGGAGUUUACGUGCUGCAGUUGCAACAAUUUGUUUAUCGAGGUUUGCAGCCGAGCAAAGUUUUAGCUGGAGGACACCUGAAUUCUCAAGGAACCGAUUCCGUCGCAAAUGCCAUAAUAUUGUAUCCCGAAGGAAAAACUGCGACAGUCACAGCUACAGCAAUUGUGCAAGCGCAAAAUGAGGCUGUGAUUUCUGGUACCAAAGGCAGCGUUAGAAUACCUAACUUCUGGUGUCCUACACAGAUCAUUAAAAACGGACAGACCAUUAAUUUCCCUUUGAUUGAGAAUAAAAAGAAGUUUAACUAUUUUAACAGCGCCGGUUUAGCUUACGAAGCCGAGGAGGUGAGGAAAUGUAUUGGUUCUGGUAGACUGGAAAGCGAGAAACUACCACAUAAGGAAACGUUGCAGCUGUCUCAGUUGAUGGAUUCACUCAGGAAACAAAUCGGCGUCACUGAAUAAAUGUUUUACGAAUACUUUAUUUAUUUACGUAUAUAUGAAAUAUUAAUAAUAAAAUAAAUAUUUAUCUGCCACCUCCA